AUGGUCAAUCGCUUUGACAUACUCUGCAUGCAGGAAACCCACAUCGGCCCUGCACAACACCGUCCUACCAUCCCUGGAAUGAAUCUGAUCGCUGAGAGCCGACACAGAGAGUAUGGAUCAGCUAUUUUCAGCAGACCAAACCUCAAGAUUGAGGAAGUUUGGACCCACACUACAGAAGGGAACAUGGAAACUAUCACAGGUGCCCUCCCAAAUGUCUCUGUCACAUCAGUCUACAAACCACCUGCAUCCCCCUUUCUAUACACAGAACUACCAGAAAGAUGCAAGAGGAGAUUUCACAUCAGCAUCGGCGACUUCAAUGCCCACAGCACAUCAUGGGGCUACGAGAAUAAUAACAAAGAUGGAGAUGAAGUUGAGACCUGGCUCAAGUCAAAACACCUCACCCUAAUCCACAACGCCAAACUCCCCAAAUCCUUCCACAGUGCCAGAUGGAAGCGAGGAUACAACCCAGACCUUGCCUGUGUUAGCAGCGACAUCGCAUCGAGAACCCACAAGGAAGUCCUGGACCCUAUCCUACAUACCCAGCACCGGCCAAUCGCCAUCACUGUUACAUCGGCUCUCCAAGCAACCACCAUCCCGUUCCGCAGGAGGUUCAACCUGCGGAAAGCUGACUGGCUGUCAUUCCAACAGGAGAUAGAGCACUCCAUAUCUAACAUACCAUCACUUCCCAACAACUACUCCAACUUCACAGAUCUGGUAAAAAGGUCGGCCAGGCAUCACAUACCCAGAGGAUGUCAGACACAGUAUAUCCCUGGGCUCUCAGAAACAUCCAGCGACCUGCUGAAAGCCUACUAUGAGGAAUAUAACAACGACCCCUUCUCCUCCACCACCAUGGAACUGGGAGAGACCCUCAUCAGUGAAGUUGGUCAAGAAUGAAGGAAAGUCUGGAAGGAGCUGAUAGAGAACACGAACAUGGCAAACAACAGCAGGAAGGCAUGAGCCACAAUCCACCACCUUGGCGAAGACCACACCACUCCACCCAUAAUCACAAUAGUCACAGCAAACUCUGUUGCAUCACAGCUGGUGGCCAACGGCCGAAACCAACUCUACCGCCGACCCACAGGAGAACACCAUCGCACAGUAAUAUCAGACCAGCCACAACCAGCCAGCUCUCUCACCAAACCCUUCGACAUAGAAGAACUCGAAACUGCACUGGGAAAGCUGAAACCCAGAAAAGCAGCAGGGAUUGAUGAUAUUCUGGCAGAAAUGUUACAGCACCUGGGACCCAAAGCAAAGACCUGGCUCCUGGAGAUGCUGAACACAUGCAUGGCGCAGAAAACCAUCCCACCUGUUUAGAGAAAGGCCAAAGUGGUUGCAAUCCCCAAACCCGGCAAAGACCCCUCAUCCCCAAAGAGCUACCGACCAAUUUCUCUCCUUUGCAUCACAUACCAGCUCUAUGAGAGGCUGCUACUCCAACGCCUGAUGCCUCUCAUGGACACCAAGCUGACCAAAGACCAAGCUGGUUUCCGCCCUGGCCGCUCCUGUGCUGGACAGCUACUUAACCUCACCCAACACAUUGAGGAUGGGUUUGAAGAGAAACUAAUAACUGGAGCAGCUUUUAUAGACCUAACUGCUGCCUAUGACACUGUCCAACACCGCGCAAUGGUCAGGAAACUACUGGACAUGACUGGUGACCUGAAUCUCUGUCAAGUCAUCAAAAGCCUCCUCAACAACAGGCGAUUCUAUGUCCAGUUAAAUGACCAGAGGAGCAAAUGGAAAGCCUAAAAGAACGGCCUCCCACAAGGUAGCGUUUUGGCCCCUCUCCUCUUCAAUAUUUACACAAAUGACCAGCCAUUACCCCCAGAAUGCCAGCGUGCCAUCUACGCAGAUGACCUCUGCAUCACCACCCAACAAGUAGAAUUCCAGAAGAUUGAGUCCGUCCUUGAAAGUGCCCUCCAAGAAAUAUCAAACUACUACAAUAAUAACCACCACCGUAAACCCAACCCAUCCAAAACCCAACUAUGCAGCUUCCAUCUGAAGAACCGUGACACGAAAAGAGAACUGAGCAUCACCUGGGAUGGCCACAAAUUGUCCAACCAUCCACAUCCCAUGUAUCUUGGAGUCACACUUGACAGGACACUCUCCUACAAGAAACACCUGGAGAACACUAAAGCCAAGGCCAACACCCAUAAUAACAUCCUACGCAAACUAAUAACUCCAAGUGGGGCGCAGAUCCACCAACAAUCCGUGCUACUGCCAUAGCCCUGUGCUUCUCCACAGCAGAGUAUGCCUGCUCAAGCUGGAGCUGAUCACGCCACACCAAACUGGUCGACACAGCCCUAAACGACACCUGCCGCAUCAUCACGGGUUGUGUCAAGUCAACACCUAUCCCGUGCCUGUAUGCACUAGCAGGCAUCUCUCCCCAGCACAUCAGACGAUUGGGUAUCGCUCAAGAUGAGCGGAGAACACAGGAGAUGGAGAUGGAUGUCAGACACCCGUUACAUGGCCACAUAGCACCCCUACGCAUGCUCCGAUCCAGAACUAGUUUUGUUCAGACUGUUCUGCCCCUCCAGACAACCAAAGAAGCAACAAGGGCCAACAUCUGGGAAGAUGAAUGGAAGAGCUGUGACCCACGAGCUCUCAAAUGGUUGGACAGAGGAAUAACACCAACGGAAAGCCUCGCUAGUGGUCACGACCUUGGCUGGACUACCUGGAAGUCACUUAAUAGACUGCGUGUGGAACAGGGGAGGUGCAAAGCACUGAUGAAAGUGUGGAACUACACAAUAGAAGACAUGUGUAGCUGUGGAUCAAUGCAGACAAUGUCCCACCUACUGGAAUGUGCCGAUGCCCCCCAGUGCAGGCCAGAAGACCUGGCAGAGCCUACUCCAGCAGCUGUGGCCUAUGCCCGAUACUGGCAGAACGUCAUCUGA